GAAAAGUUUAAAUGACUCUACGUAGUUAUGUGAAUGUAUGCUUUAUGCAGAUGUGCCUAACGGAACCGAGCUGAUAUCUGUGCUAGCUGUAAAGCAUGUAAAAGUGAAUUUACCGAAAGAAAGAUCCACUUUGAAAAGGGAACGUGCCGGACGGUCGACAGUCGUACGCAGCGGCAGACGCGGCAGUCGCGCGGGCGACGCCGCGCAGUGCGGUUGUGGAUUGCUGGCGUCGCUGGUGCCGCUGGUGCCACUUCUGUGUGGUGGCGAGCGCAGGAGCGAGUGCGCAGCGAAGCCCUCUCGGCUGGGCGAUGGGCAGCUCGCACCGAAUGGCCGCGGUGGCGGCUGUCUCACACUCAAAGCUCUACUACAACCAUACUAGACCAGACGCAGUACAGACGGUCCAGUCAUCGCAUUACACAGUCAAUAUUUUUUUUGUGAGUGCAACGCUAUGUGGAGUUCUGGUGGCAGUCUGCGCCGCUUGCUGGCGACGCUCCUCGCCACACAAGCCAGAUGCCGUCGCUGACUGCGGGGUCUACACGGUCAGUGCGGAUACUAGGUUACACCAGCAUCCGCGCCUGGAGGAUAUCCCUGGUCCUCCGCCGGCGUACGAGACCGUCAUAGAGGAAAAUUUGCAUAAGGAUAGCAUCGUUUUACAAGAGGUGGUAACAGAACCUUGUUCGAAAUGCAACACUGCAAGAGUGGACAGCGGCCUGCCAUCCUACGAGGCCGCAGUUUUACUACGUGAUACAAAGUUAUAAUGAAUUGUCAC